GAUAAGAACCGGAGAGGAGACUGGGCAGAGAGAAGCUGGAAAGAGAGAGAGGCAAAGGCUGAUCUAUUAUUGAAUCUACACAUACAGUGGAGUACAAUUCUUGAUUUGCUCUCUGAUCGUUCGUCAGAUCCAAAAUUUUGCAAAAACUGAAUGAGUUGCUUUCAUGGUCGUUGAAGAUCGGACAUGAGAAGCGUGAACAAUAGCAGCGUCGACACCAUCAACGCCGCUGCCUCUGCAAUCGUCUCCGCUGAGUCCCGCGUCCAGCCAACCGCUGUUCAGAAAAGAAGAUGGGGAAGCUGCUGGAAUCUUCGCUGGUGCUUUGGAUCUUAUAAGAACAAAAAGCGAAUUGGCCAUGCAGUUCUUGUUCCUGAGCCUGAUCCUCCAGGAGCAGCAGUGCCUGCUACUGAAAAUCCAAUCCACUCAACUGCCAUUGUACUUCCAUUCAUUGCUCCUCCAUCAUCUCCCACGUCAUUCCUCCAAUCUGAGCCUCCAUCUGCAACCCAAUCGCCAGCAGGAUUACUUUCACUGACAUCCCUUUCUGUCAAUGCCUAUUCCCCAGGUGGAACACCAUCCAUAUUUGCCAUAGGACCUUAUGCACAUGAGACUCAAUUGGUUUCACCGCCAGUAUUUUCUACCUACACCACUGAACCAUCAACUGCUUCCUUCACGCCCCCGCCCGAAUCUGUUCUAUUCACGACACCUUCCUCCCCUGAAGUGCCAUUUGCUCAGUUGCUAACAUCUUCAUUGGAAAGAGCUCGAAGAAACAGUGGGAUGAAUCAGAAGUUUGGGUUGUCUCAUUAUGAAUUACAGUCUUAUCAGCUUUACCCAGGGAGCCCUGGUGGUUACCUUAUCUCACCAGGUUCUGCUAUCUCUAAUUCUGGUACUUCAUCCCCUUUUCCUAACAAACAUCCCGUCCUUGAUUUCCAUCUGAGUGAUCCCAAGCGCUUGGGCUUGGAACAUUUUACUACCUAUAGAUGGGGUUCAAGGCUAGGUUCUGGAUCAUUAACACCAGAUGGUGUUGGCCAUGGUUCACGGCUAGGCUCAGGAUCUCUAACUCCAGAUGGUAUGGGACUGGGUUCAAGGUUGGGAUCAGGAACUCUGACACCAGACGUCAUGGGGCAGGGUUCAAGGCUGGGUUCAGGAACUCUGACUCCUGAUGGCAUGGGGCAGGGUUCAAGGCUGGGUUCUGGAACUCUGACUCCUGUUGGCAUGGGGCAGGGUUCAGGAGCUCUGACUUCUGAUUGUGUAGGGCUGUGUUCAAGGUUGGAUUCUGGAGCUUUGACACAUGAUGGCAUGAGGCCUGCCCCUCAUGAUGGCCUCCUGGAGAAUCAGAUAUCUGAGGUUGCAUCACUUGCCAAUUCUGAGAAUGGAUCUAAAGGUGACGAUAUUUUGAUACAUCAUAGGGUCUCUUUUGAGUUGAGCGGUGAAGAUGUUGCACGCUGCUUUGAAAAUAAAGCAAUGAAAUCAACUGGAACUGUAUCAGAAUUUUCACGAGAUGUGGUGGCAGUGGACCAAACAGGACAAGAUGGGAUAUUGAUGCAUAGUGAACAUUGUUGUGAUUUGUGCAAGGAAUGUAGCAAUGAAGAGUCUAAGAAAGCUUUAGGAGAAUCAGAAAAUGAACCUUGCUAUAGAAAGCAUCGUUCUAUUACUCUCGGAUCAACCAAAGAGUUCAACUUUGAUAACACGAAAGGGGAAGUGCCCGACAAGCUUAUAGCCAGCUCUGAAUGGUGGGCAAAUAGAACAGCUAUUGAGAAAGAAGCUAGGCCUGACAACAGUUGGAGUUUCUUUCCACAGCUGCAGCAAGGAGUCAGCUAAUGAUGAAGAAGCUAAGGCUACAUGUUUUCGUCUCUUAUGUUUGUGGACUUUAAAAUGGAUAUACUGUACUUGUUCACUAACUUAUCGGAUGUAUCCAAGUUAUCAUCGACAGAGGGAUGGAUUGCAGUGAUGAGAGGACCAUUCUCCAGCCCUUCUACACCACAAAAGAUAUUGCAGCGAGGAAACAGUCUGCAGAAUUCAGUAGUUUGGGUACCAUUGUAGUAUUCUUUUUAGCUUUUCUUUACUUGAUCUUACACCAAAAGAAUAGCAUUUAAAUAUAGGCAUUGCGUUGCUGAUUUUUUUUUUCCCCGAUAUGUGUAAUAGCAAGAAAUUACUUUUCCACUUUGGGGAACUUGCAUCUCAUUUGAUGAUUACAUAUACAUGGUUGUAUAUCCUCUUCAAUUUCUGCUUUAGUGGAGGCUCCUGUACAUUCUGCCAAAUGUAUGAACCAUCUUUCCAACAAAUGGGUGUGGAGAUGAACUUCAACAUCUCAUAUUAAUGGCUUUUAUGGUUUGCUAAA